AUGCCGGCGGGCCACGUGAUUUGCCUCACGCCGCCGGCGCCCCCCGCGGCGAUCCAGCAGCUCCUGGAGGCGCGAGCCAAGGCGCGGGCCGCGUCGCGGGAGGCGCCCCCGCUGGACCCCGCCGAGCUGAGGCGGAGCCCCCGCGGGGGGCGCCUCCACCCUGCAGCCCCUGCGAGGGGCGCCUCCCCGCAGAGGGAGCCCGCGGCGGCGCGGGCCCGCGAGCUGGAGAGGCGCGCGGCGGCGCAGGAGUUUGUGGAGGAGGGAAGCUCGUCGGGCUCGGAGCUGUGGGAGCAGGAGUCCCAGGACUCCGACGAGGGCCCGGGCGCGAGACGCCCCCAGGCCCGCGCGUCCAUGUCGAAGCCCGUGGUCUUGACCAUCCUCCUCCUGAACCUCGCCGCGAUGCUGGGAAUCGCAUACAACGGGCUCGCGGACGUGAUGACCUCGAGCCAGCCGGCGGGAGUCCGGAAGGCACGGGACGACUCUGGAGACGGAGGGCACGCCAGGGGAGGCGUCUACCUUGUCACCAGCGGCAAGGCGCAGCGGAGCGAGGACGUGGCCGUCGCGAGCGAGGGGCCGCAGCGGCGACCCGUGGCGGCGGACCUCGCAGGGCAGCCCGAGGGCCUCGCGGAGCUCUCCGAGGGCCAGGCCGAAGGUACGACAGAGGAGAUGAAAGCCUCCGCGGCUUCACCGUCUGAGCGGCAGUCAGGCAAGCCAACUGGGCGCGAGGCAGACGCCGAAGAGGCACCACUGUAA